UGCAUCACAAAACAACAUCUUCAAAACAACGCUCAGCCAGGAAGAAAGGAGAACUUCACCUUUUACAUUUUUUCUUAUCAAGUUCAGAGGACACAGAAUAAAAGAAUGGGGUCUGUCGGAGUUCAGAUUGUGUGCGUGUCCCUCGGGGUCCUCGGCCUGAUCGGGGUCAUCAUUUGCUGCGCUGUCCCACGCUGGAAAGUGUCCUCCUUCACGGGAUCCAACAUUGUGACUGCAGUGAGCACUCAGGACGGUCUGUGGACGAGCUGUGUGGUGCAGAGCACCGGCCAGCAGCAGUGCAAGAACUACGACUCCCUGCUGGUGUUGGCCUCUGACCUGCAGGCCGCCCGCGCCAUGACCAUCAUCAGCAGCAUGUUAUGCUGCCUCAGCCUCCUAAUGGUGUUCUGCGGGGCCGACUUCACCACCUGCAUAGACAACGAAGACAUCAAGCCCAAGAUCAGCCUGGUGGCCGGCGUGGGCCUGCUGCUGGCCGGUCUCUUGGCCAUCAUACCCGUCAGCUGGUCCGCCCACAACAUUGUGCAAGACUUCAACAACCCCCUGGUGCCUAGUAACCUGAAGAGGGAGCUGGGAGCGUGUAUCUUUGUGGGUUGGGGCGCCGGCGUGCUGCUCAUUCUGGCUGGAGGUCUGCUCUGCUGCUUCAGCAGGGCCAAAUCUGGCGGCUCCGGUGGAACCGCCAAGUACUACAGCAACAGCGCCGCCUCCGCCCCCAAUAAAAACUAUGUGUAGUGGCUUUAUGAAGGGGACCACUAAGGUUUGACUCAAAGGAAGUGAGGGGGGUUUUAGUUGGUGAAAGACUGGGGGGCAACAAAGUUGUUGACACCAGGGGUUGUUUUUGGAAAAAAACUGAAAAAAGUGUCUGUAAAUACUGAAUUCUGAUUAUAACUGUAACCAAUUUCCAGUUUCUUUAAUUUUCAGUUACGUUGGUGAUAUUUUGAACAGUUUUACUUUCAGGUGCUAGGUUGUGCAUAUAUGCUAGUUAAAACAGACGCUGUAAUUUACACACAAUUUGUGAUUUUAGAAUUAAAAGUCUUUAUUUUCAUUGAAACGUUUGCCUUCAAGUGUAAAGUAAAAUUCAAGGUUAUGAAAAUGUGAAAAGCGUAUUUGUGAGAAAAACUAUAAUGUAAGCUCUACAGUAAACUCAACAUUUUAAGUAUAGAAACCCUGUCCUGCCUUUUUAGCCUCAUAUUUUCCAAAUA